CUCCCCUUUCGGGCACAAGCCAGGACGCGGGUGCUGAUCCUCACCUGCUGCAGCCGGGGACGUUUGUGCACCAGGUUAGCUGCUGGACACAAGGAGCAAACAGUCCCAGAAUGAAACGCCAACGGCAGAGACGAAACCCUUUCAUUCCUGCACUCAUGGGCAACGUGGAGUCCAGCCUGGAUCAGCAUCUCUCUUCGAGGUCCCUCGCGAUGUCGUGUCCUGCGCGGAGUGCCUGACGGUGGUUUCUACAGCCCUCGACCCACAGCCUCUGGUCUCUCGCCCCUGUCCUGCCCACAGGCUGGGAAGCAUGGAUGAUGGGCUUGUGAGGAGCACGUUCUGCUCAUCUCAUCCCGCCCUUCCAUGGAGCCAGCCGUUGUCUCGUCGUGGAACUCCUCCCAUGCCGGCCCCCGGUUCCAGACAGCCCCACCCCCCAACGCCUCAGGCAUAGCCCCACCCCAGGCUGGGACACUCGCUCAGUCCCUUGCCCUCUUCGCUAUGCUCCUCAUGGACCUACUGGCAGUGGUGGGCAAUGUGGCCGUCAUGGCGGUCAUUGUCAAGACACCACAGUUGCGCAAGUUUGCCUUCGUGUUCCACCUGUGUCUGGUGGACCUGCUGGCGGCACUGAUUCUGAUGCCACUGGGCAUGCUGUCGGACCGGGCCUUCUCCAGCGAAGCCCUUUGCCGAAGCUACCUCUGCCUCAGCGUGUGCCUGGUGAGCGCUGCCAUUCUCUCCAUCUCCGCCAUCAAUGUGGAGCGCUACUACUACGUGGUGCACCCCAUGCGCUAUGAGGUGAAGAUGACCUUGGGGCUGGUGGCCUCUGUGCUGGUGGGCAUCUGGAUCAAAGCCAUUGUCAUGUCUGCUCUGCCCCUGCUGGGAUGGGCAUUCCAGGGCACAGAGGUGGUGCCCACGCCAGCAACGCCACAGGUUCGCGGGCACUGCUCGCUGCACUGGACCGGCGGCUCCAACCGUACCAUCUUCAUGGUCCUCUUCACCCUGCUGUACUUCCUGUGCCCAGUGCUCAUUAUCCUGGUGGUGUACUGUAACAUGUUCAAGGUGGCGCGGGUGGCAGCCAUGCAGCAUGGCCCGCUCCCCACCUGGGUGGACACACCCCGUCAGCGCUCCGAGUCUCUCAGCAGCCGCUCCACCAUGGUGGCUAGCUCGGGGGGCGGGCCCCGCGCAACGCCGCAGAGGACCUUCAACGGCGGGAAGGCAGCAGUUGUGCUGGUGGCCGUUGGGGGUCAGUUCCUCUGCUGCUGGCUGCCCUAUUUCUCCUUCCACUUGUACACUGGGCUAGCAUCCACCCCACCCGCCUCCUUGGCCCAGCUAGAAGAGGUGGUUACCUGGAUUGGGUACUUUUGCUUUGCCUCCAAUCCGUUCUUCUACGGUUGCCUUAACCGACAGAUAAGGCAGGAACUGGGCAAGCAUCUGGCCUGCUUCUUCAAACAUGGGGGACCUAGUGAGGAGGAUGGCUUGCCCAGUCGGGAAGCCUCUAUCGAGGAGAACUUCCUGCAGUUCCUUCAGGGGACUGGCUGCAACUUGGAGCCCCGCAGCUCCCUUGGCGCCUCCAGUCCAAAGGUGGAGCACCGGCACAAUGCGGCUCCCCUUGCAAGUGACCCACCACCCCAGGAGGCUGUAGCUGUUGACUUCCGCAUCCCUGGCCAGAUCGUGGAGGAGACUUCGGAAUUCAUGGAGCACCACCACCUGAAUAAUGACCUUAUACUCUCAGACAGCUGCAUCAGAACAAUGCCCCCCACCAAACGAGAGCUCUAAGGGAGACCUCGUUGUCUGAAGGUGGUCACAUGCACACUGGCUCAAAAACAGAAGGUCUCGGGUCGUCGAUUAUUUUUGUAUCUCCGAUAUUGCCUCUUUCUGCUGAGGCCCAGAUGUGGCUGUGGAUGUUAUUGUGUCGGUUUGAGUUGAGCUCCGAGAGCUGGAGAAAUACAGAGGCAGUUUGCCAGUUCAGG